AUGUUCAAACCUAGAAAGUUCGCCACGGAGCCGACGUCCGUCCGGCACCUGUUUGCGGACAUAUCGGGCGAUUUGCUGCUGACGUCGUUGGCCAAUGCCACGGCGUACUCUGGAUGGGAGCUCACAAAGAACGACAAGUACUGUGUUUCUCGUCUUCCAGCUUUGCCUGCUCUUUUGGAAAAUGGAGAGGACGACGAGGUUUUGCUCAACGGAUACACGGACAAUGCCACCAAAUUUGCUCUUGUGGUUGGUCCGCAGACAAUCAACGCCUGGCCUUACAGAUCUACGGAUGCUACACCUAUAACGUUUGAGUUUCCUAUAAACAGCGACGCCUUGACGCUAGGAUUGCUCACGAGACCACUGGGCGCACUGAGUUUGGAUCCUGGACUUGUUGUCAUUGAAACUAUCGCCGGAACCGUCCGUUUUUAUGAAUCUGUUCAGCAUGCACCAGCUUUGGGAAUCAUCAACAGCGAUCGGAUCGAGACCAAGGUCGACUUGAACAACGGUGAGAUUAUCACGCUUGCUGAGAACAUCGAACCAGCUGGUAUAGUCGUGGCUACAAACUGGAAAAGGGUCGUUUUGAUCACUCUCAGAGACCUCCAUGGAAGACCCUCCUUGUCCUCGCUUGAGCUCAUAGGCCCACUGAAAGCGUCCAGAUUAUUCUCUUUCUUUGGCUCUCGCUCUGUGGAGCCCGGUGACGAGGUUGUUAGCAUCAAACUGGGUGGUUUCGAUGGCCUGGAGCAGGAAAUCAUUGUUCAGGACGCCAAGGGCUCCUUCAAAAAGUUCGUUUUCAGACACUCGUCCAACGGCCAGCAGUACAUUGACCAUAGACGUACGCUCCAUUACAACUUGGCUCCGUACCUUGAAAACAGCAUCGACGGUGUUAUUCCCGGUGCUCUCAUCAAUACGAGGUUCUUGGGCCUUUCUAAGUUGAACGUGGCUGACGCCGACAACUUGUACACGGCGUUAGUGGGCGUUGAGAACUCCGUCAACGGCUACGCCGAAAAGAAUUACCUUUUGGUCACGUUGAAAAUUGAUCAGAGCGGUGUGCUUUUGUAUGGCUCUCACCAGUUGCCUCAGGUACCACCUACAGACUCCAAACCAAGACUUUUCAUUCCAAACCCAUGCUCCACCGCUUUUGUCUCUGUGGGUAACUCCAUCAUAAUGACAGACAUGAACACGUCGUUCCUUCAGCAGAACAAGUCAGCGAACCCAACAUUCUCAUACUACAGACCACAAUGGGAGGACGUUGUUAAGCUUAAGGCUGGUGUCGAGGUUAUUGGCCUCGGAUACGAGAACAAAGAAGAAAAGUCUGCUAACCCCGCCGUCAUCGUCAUGACCAACAACUUUGGACUUUUGAGAGUCGAAAGAUUCCCCGAGGAUCAGCAAUCCAAAGAGUACAUCGAGGAUCCAACUGACCCGGUAUACUUGCUCAAAUCCCACAUGCAACAAGCAAUCUUCUACCAUCAGUCUGAGGCCAUGGACUUUGAUGUCGAUCCUAUUUAUCUGUUAGACACUGUGAAAGAAGCCACCACUUCCAUUGUGAACGAGGUAUUGAACUCGCUGAGCUCUUCCCUUCCUCCAUUCUUUUCAUCCACCAGGGAUUCGCUUUUGGCGCGAGCCAAUGCCUUGAGAGAACUUGUGAGUUUUGUCCAGAAUAAUUUCGAAGACUUCUGGUUUGUGGUGGUUCCAGACAUUGUUCAGGCUUUAGAGAAACUAGAUGCUGCACAACACUUGUGGAGUCUUAUGGACGCUGGGACUGCAGAAUCUGCCCUCUUGAGAGACAAAUCGAUCUCCAUUAUUCAGGAUAAGCAAUACGUGACGGACUCCACCGAUAUUGCACGGGCAUUCUUCGCCUACGAGGCCGAAAAGGUCGACUAUCUUGUGGCCGAGCUUCUCAAGUCUCUUCAAGGCUCCAACCAUUCCGAUCGUUUGGCUGUUAAAAUUCUUGUGGGCGUGCUCUACGAGGGUGUGUUGAAAAAUGAGGCGAGAUACGUUUCUGAUGUACCCGAGAUCAAUCCUUUCAAGCUUUGGAUCUUGAGAUCGGAGUUGAUGGAAGCUGCUGCUUCCUCUUUUGAAAAAGCAUUCGGCCCCUACAAUAAAGCUUUCGAGUCAUUCAAUACUCAAGAUAGAUUAGACUUGGUCAGCAUCACCGAAUCAUUCUACUACAUCACUACCAGGGCCAUUCAAAGCAUGCAAGACUCGGAUGAUCCAGAACUAGAAUCGUACGUUAAGUGGUUCCGUACGAACAGAAAGAAGUGGGUCUCAGCAUUGUUGAAACAUAGUCUUACGGAGGAAGCCCUGGCAAUUGCAGAGAAAUUUCAUGACUUCUCGUCAUUGGCUUACAUUUUGGAGAGUGAACGGGAUAGCACCUCAAGUGAGAUCGUUGACUACAAGCUUCGUCAAUACAUUGAUGCCCACGGGUAUGAAUUCGCUUCUAAGCUAUUUGAGCACUACAUCAAAACAAAUCAAAUUCAGCGUCUUCUUCUAAAUUUCAAAGAUGCUGAUGAAUAUCUUGAUCAAUUUUUGAGAUCGAACUCAAAAAGGUUUGCACAAGUCGCCUGGAUUCACAGCUUGCAGAGACAAGAGUUCGGCGACGCAUCAAAGAUUCUCAACUCACUCGCAGCAAGGGACGAGACUGAUAAUCAAGAGAACAGAGAAUUGAGUCUUUCUCUCGCGAAGCUCACGGCAAUCACCGCUAAACUCCAACUGCCUGCUUCUCCGGAUGCAAUGGACCUUGAUGAAUCCAUCAUCGAGGCGGAAAACAAUCUUGUGGCCGUGAGAAUCCAAAACCAUCUCCAUGAGACAAUUUCCCUGUUCGUGCAAAACAAAAAAGAGUUGAUAACACUUGACUAUUUCGCACAAAACUUUGCCAAUCCCAAGCUCCGGGACAACGUGCUUCCAAAAUUAGAGCCUUAUUUCCAAAGAUUUGCUGAUCUGAAGGUUCUCACCAAGGCUCAGCUCAUAGCGUUACUUAUCGGAGUGAACCCCACUGGGCAAUUGAAACGUGUAUUUGUCGAUGCAUUCAAAGUCGCUUCAUCCAUAGGAAACGAUGCUGAGUUCCGUGAACAGGUCGCUAAAAUUUGGUUGACCCUUUUGACGCUGACCGAUGACUGGGCCAAAAUAACAUCCACUAGUGAAAAUACUGAUGAGGUCAACAAAGCACGCGUUCACGAGCUGGUCUUGUUCUAUACUUUAUCAAACUUGGACGACAAGACCGAGUUAUACAGCAUCCUCGACAACCUUCUUCGGGACAACCAUCCAACAGAGAAGCCUUUACAAGCUGAACUUGUCAGGCUCGUCAAUGAAUUGUCCCUUAAUCUUUGGGUUGACAGCAUCAAAGCAGAACUGAUGCACGAAGAUAGCGGCGAUCCAAACCAGCAAGAAUUGGAGGCACUUAGAGCGAAAGUUGAGCAAAUGGAAGCCACAAUUCGGCAGUCAGAACAGCGGAAUGAGUUGCUAGUCCAGGAAAUGGAUGCUUUGCGUGAGGAGUUUACAGCCAGACCCGAUCAAGCAUCCAUCUUGAACAGACUAAACGACUUUGAAGAAGCGUUCCUUAAGAAAUGCGAGGAGACAGCAUCAGCAAUCAAACAACUCCGGAAGGAGGCAAAUCUCCCUGAGAAAGAAAAGCUGUCAACCAUUCCGUCGCGACCACAAGCAUCUGUCCAAUCACAAUCUUUGGGCAUUCCCUGGGGCGCCCCCAAUACCAGGCCAUGGAGCUCAGAGCUGGAAUCUACUGCUCUUUCGAUCAAGGAAAGCCUGCUACGGAAACGCCUUGCACCGGAAUUGGGAACGAAAAUCACCAUUUAUGACGACCAAAAAGAAAAGGCCACCAAGGACGCAGACUACCUGUUCGAAUUGUUGGACGACAACUUGACUUCGCCACUUGCGAAGAACAGCUCUCUCGUCAAACAAAGCUCACCAGAUCGCCAGAACAUUGAGAAUGUUCCAGACUUGGGAGCUCCUCAUUCCCGAACCAGAAGCAAGUCGCCAUCGAAGGAACCCAAAGAAGUUAAGAAGGAGCCUGUUAGAAGGACCAGACGCCGCAGACGUGCUCCAUUGUCCAACAUUACCAGCAAGGACCAAUAG